AUGACUAAAGGUAACAGAGAAGAUCCAAAAACUGGUAGUAGGAUGGAACGCUUUCAACAAGGAGUUCGGAAACGUACACUUCUGGCAAAAAAAAAAGUGCAGAGCAUA